AUGUCGAAUACUACUACUUCGCCGUCAAACAUAUCUACACAAUGUGUGGAAGUAAAAGAAAUUGUAAAAAAUGUAGGUACCUCUGGUGGAAAUAGUGGAAGUGGUACUAGUAGUAGUAGUGGUGGAGAGCCGUUUGUGAAAGUAUGUGUGACAACUGAUACAAAAAAUUUGGAUGGGGGAAAAACCAUGAUGGGUGGUAAUGGUGGUGUUACUGUUGAUGAUGAAGAUGCAAUUAAACAAUUUAUGGAAGAAUUUAUUGAAGCAAUUAAGCAUGAAGAUUCCAAGUUGAAAGAAAAUUGUAAUGGGUCACCAUGUAGUAAUUCAAAAAUAAAUGGAAAAAAUUGGAUAUGGACAGAAGCAAAAAAUGGUAAUGUGCAAUUAAAAGCUGAUUAUAAAGACAAAAUAGGUAUUCCUCCACGAACACAAGUUUUAUGUUUUGGAAACCUUCAUGGAGAGCGUUGUAAAACGGAUGUUAGCAAAAUAAUCGACAGUAAUGGCACGUUGUUGACUGAAUGGAUAAUUGCUACAAAAAUUGAAGGACAAAAUUUAAAAAAACGACAUAUAAAUGAUGGAGACAAAUUAUGUAAAGCUGUGAAAUACAGUUAUGCCGAUAUUGGAGAUUUAAUUAAAAAUACAAGUAUAUGGGAAAAUAAAUGGACAAAACUUCUUGAAACAAAUUUAGAAAAUUUGUUUAAAAAGAUUUUCCACGACAAUAUACAAAAGAGCGGACAAACAACAAAUUCAGAUAAAUAUCCUAGUGAUUUAACAUUAUUACGUGAAGCUUGGUGGAACACGAACAAAAAAUAUAUAUGGGGAGCAUUACAAUAUAGUCCUACUAAUCAAAUAAAUAGUGAAGUAUUCGAGCAGCCAAAUACAGACUAUAUUCCUCAAUUUUUAAGAUUUGCACAAGAAUGGGUCGAACAUUUUUGCGAAAAACGUAAAACACAUGCAAAAGACGUGGUAGAGAAGUGUAAGAAAUGUG